UUUUUUUUUGGUUCCGGACACCCUCUCUCCCGUGUUCUUCUUCUCCAUUUUCUUUCUACCCAAACUAUUUUUUUCUGUUGAAACUCUUCUCUAUUUUAUUUUUACCGAAAAUCCUCUUCUCUUCCUCUCCAUUUUCCUUCUACCCAAAACUCCUCUUCUCUUCCUCUCCAUUUUCCUUCUACCCAAAACUCCUCUUCUCUUCCUCUCCAUUUUCCUUCUACCCAAAACUCCUCUUCUCUUCCUCUCCAUUUUCUUGUCCUCUUGUCUUUCUCACUCAAGUGAUAAGAUUUUCUUUGCAUGAAAAAAAAGGCAAGAAAAAGAAAAAGAAAAAGAGAGAGAAAGUCUAAGUUCUACCAAGAUCUGGGUUGCAACACCAGUCCUUCAUUGCAGCAACUUGUGUUUCAUCCUAAUAGCAAAAGCUUUUUGCAGUUGAUCCAAUCAAUUUGAUCCAAACUACUAAGAAGACAACGAAUUUCUGCAGAGUGUAGGAUGGACGUCGAGUGCUUUUGAUUUAAAAGGCGUUGACUGAGCCUGGGAGAAUUGUUGGUGAGCCAUUUCAGCCAGGGGUGAGCUGAAACUUACUCUAUUGGGUAUUGAAGGUGACAAAGGCAAAACAAUACUGCAUUGCAUUAAGGCUUCGCUGCACAGAUAGGUUUGGGUAGGGUUUGCUUUCUCCUAGCUCGAACUAUUUAUCAUGCAAUCCCAUCUUCAAGCUGGAGGCAUGAAGAGUACUAUUAAUUAUCAAGGUGACCAAGCGGGACCUAGUUCUAGGGGCGGAGGGAGACUCCAGGGUAUUCGUGCAAGGCGCCAUGUACCGUACUCGGCUCGCCACAACCGACCAUGGGGAGCGAAAAUCUCCUUAUAUCACAGCCCUGAGGAGUGUAAUCAGUCCUCCUCGGAUGACUCCACAUAGCCCCCAAGUCCCCCACUAUCCACCAACCCAAUUCCCACACCAGCCGCCUAUUCGAGAACCCUCACCAGUGCGGGAACAAUCACUUAUUAUAGAACACACAAGAUUGGAAGACUCUAGUAUACCACAAACUGUUGCGGACACCCCCACGGAGCCCGUAGUAACGCAACAACAGAGAAAAUGAACUCGUGGGCCCGCUCGAUGCAUCGAGUUUGAGAAAGCGAGGAAGCACGGGAAAGUACUUUUAAAGAUAAACGAUGGUGAGACUGCCCCGUAUUGUGAACACGCUUCUAUGUUCACGACACGAGUAUCAUGGAUUGUUAAGUCAUGACAGAGGAGCUCAUUGACCAUAUUCGGUCUGACUUCGUGUUUGACUGGGAACGCGAAAACCACCGAUUGACGGUGACAAAGGCACUUCGUAAGUGCUUCAACUCCUUCCAUCAUGACUUGCACAAGAUUUAUCAAUCAUUUGGAAGCCAUGAAGAAGCGUUAGCUAAUGGGACAAGCUUGGGGGACCCCCUUGUAUGGGUCAAGUUGUGUGGCAGGUGGGGCAGCGAUGCCUUUAAGCUAAGAUUAGGCGUGCAUGGCAGAAAAUUUCAUCUCAAAACUGGGAGAACCGAAAGAAGCAGACAAUUAAUCACACAUCAGGACGCAAAUCAUUCAUCCGAAUACUUGAGCAAAAGCAUAAAUGGUGUCACAGCAGGUUCUGUCAAUGUCUCUGGUUCAAUGUUGGAAGCUACCACGAGUCAGUUUAAUAGGUCGCCUUUGGUUGAGGGCCUGAAUGCUGAUUUGAAGGAAGAACACCGCAAGAAUGAGGAGGAAUCUCGUAGUGACAGGGUGGAUGAGGUUAAAAAGCAUGAAGAGAAAGAAAUUGGUUUCCUUGAUCGUAGAAAGUGUACGCAUGAUAGAUUUAUGGGGACUGAUUUAAAAUUGAAGGAUCCAGAAAGUCCUAGCUCAUCUGUUGAUUCCUACACAAGUAGGGUUGAUCAAAUAUUUUAUGAUGUGGAUGUAGGGGAAUAUGAAAUUCAUUGGGAAGACCUGGAUAUUGGUGAAAGGAUUGGACUAGGUUCAUCUGGAGAGGUUUAUCGUGCUGAUUUGAAUGGCACAGAGGUUGCUGUGAAGAAGUUCUUAGAUCAGGACUUCUCAGGUGCUGCUUUGGCUAAGUUCAAGAGUGAGGUACGGAUAAUGCGUACAUUACGGCAUCCAAAUGUUGUUCUUUUCAUGGGUGCUGUAACUCGUCCUCCAAACCUCUCUAUAAUUACUGAGUUUCUUCCAAGGGGAAGCUUAUAUCGCAUUAUUCAUCGUCCUCAUUCUCAAAUUGAUGAGAAGCGCAGAAUAAAAAUGGCCCUUGAUAUGGCAAGCGGCAUGAAUUGCUUGCAUACCAGCAGACCUACAAUUGUUCACCGGGAUUUGAAGGCACCAAAUCUUUUGGUUGAUAAGAACUGGAAUGUGAAGGAACUUUGUGAAAUCAAGGGGAAAAGCGCUGCCCUGCAAAAUGCAAAAGUUUGUUGGGUAGGAGAAGAAUGAUUUGCUGGAAUACUUGUGAUCUCUGCAACUGGAAAAGGAGACCUGACAUUACAGAGGGAUCGAGAAAACUACAGUGUCGUUCUCUAAUUUUUGUUGGGGUCUCCACAUGACUUCCAAUCUAGAUAGGCAUUACAAGGGCAUUGGUUGAG